CGGCUGCUCUGCCCGACGCCUCCGCCCGCUUGCGCGGCCCGGCCCGGCCCGGCAAGGGGCGCCUGGACCCGCGGCUGCGGCGUGGGAAAAUCUUUCAUUCUGUGUUUUAAGGGACAAGACAUUCUGAAAAAAAGAGAAGACACAUAAGGAAAGAUGUCUCAUUUAUUCAAAGGAGUUAAAAAGUGUUCUAGACUUUCUGUCAGUCAAAUUCACAGAGUAACAGGAUUUAUAUUUAAAACACACAUAUUGAAAAACUUGCUAGGCCACAUGAAACUCUCUCACACAUUUUCUAAACUUACUUCUGACAAUACUGGCUCUUUUAGUUACAUCAUUGUUGGAGCUGGAUCAGCAGGUUGUGUAUUAGCCAACCGGUUGACUGAAGAUCCUCUCAGUACUGUACUCCUUUUGGAAGCAGGCCCUAAAGAUACCCUUCUAGGUAGUAAAAGAUUAAUGUGGAAGAUUCACAUGCCUGCUGCAUUAAUCUAUAAUCUUUGUGAUGAUAAAUAUAACUGGUAUUACCAUACAACACCGCAAAAGCACAUGGAUAAUCGAAUUAUGUAUUGGCCAAGGGGUAGAGUGUGGGGUGGCUCUUCAUCUCUCAAUGCAAUGGUAUACAUCCGUGGCCAUGCAGAAGACUACAAUCGAUGGGAAAGAGAAGGUGCUGUGGAAUGGGAUUAUGAACAUUGCUUGCCUUAUUUUAAGAAAGCACAGGCACAUGAACUAGGUCCUAACCAAUACAGAGGUGGGAGUGGACAACUGCAUGUGUCAAGAGGAAGAACGAAUCACCCGCUUCAUCAAGCAUUCCUUGAUGCAGCCCAGGAAGCUGGGUAUCCUUUCACAGAUGAUAUGAAUGGUUACCAACAAGAAGGAUUUGGCUGGAUGGAUAUGACUAUACACAAAGGUCAAAGAUGGAGUGCAGCUAGCGCUUACCUUCACCCCGCCAUAUCACGCCCAAACUUGUCAGCCAAAGACAGAACCCUUGUAACGAAAAUUUUGUUUCAAGGGACCAAAGCUGUAGGGGUUGAGUAUAUCGAAAAUGGGCAAACAAGAAAGGUUCUCGCCAAUAAAGAAGUGAUUUUAAGUGGAGGUGCUAUAAAUUCUCCACAGCUGCUUAUGUUAUCUGGAGUUGGAAAUGCAGCUGAUCUAAAAAAAAUAGGGAUCCCGGUUGUGUGUCACCUUCCUGGGGUAGGCCAGAACCUUCAAGAUCAUUUGGAAGUGUACGUUCAGCAGAAGUGCAUCAAACCAAUUACUCUCUAUAAAGCCCAGAAACCUAUUAAAAUGGCAAAGAUUGGUAUAGAAUGGCUCUGGAAGUUUACAGGUGAUGGAGCUACUGCCCACUUGGAAUCUGGUGGUUUUAUCAGAAGUCGACCAGGUGUUUCUCACCCAGACAUUCAAUUCCAUUUUCUUCCUUCUCAAGUGAUUGAUCAUGGCCGUGUUCCUCCCCUGGUGGAAGCUUACCAGGUCCAUGUUGGACCCAUGAGGAGCACAAGUGUGGGCUGGCUCAAGCUGAAAAGUGCGGACCCAAGGGACCAUCCUAUCAUUGAACCUAAUUACUUGUCAACAGAAACAGAUGCCUGGGAAUUUCGUCAGUGUAUCAAGUUGUCCAGAGAGAUUUUUGCUCAAAAAGCUUUUGAAACAUUUCGUGGUCCUGAAAUACAGCCAGGUAGCAACAUACAGUCUGAUGAAGAAAUAGACACUUUCAUAAGACAGAAGGCUGAUAGUGCGUAUCAUCCUUCUUGCACAUGUAAAAUGGGGCAGUCCUCUGAUACCGGUGCUGUAGUUGAUCCCCAGACUAAAGUAAUGGGGAUUGAAAACUUGAGAGUUGUAGAUGCCUCCAUAAUGCCUAGUAUUAUCAGUGGGAAUUUGAAUGCGCCAACCAUCAUGAUUGCAGAGAAGGCUGCUGAUAUAAUUAAAGGGCUCCCUUCGCUUCAUGAGAAAGAUGUUCCUGUAUAUAAACCUCAACAUUUGGAAACUCAGCGCUAAACAAUAUGCCCGCCAUUUAUUUUCUGUGGGUUUUUUUGGUUUUUUUACUCAUACACAGAAUUUUACCUUAGGCUUCUCCAACAGAAUAAAUUUGCUAUUGAAAAAAAAGAAAAAAAAAUUACAGAGGGUAUUAAUUCACUAACUUUCUGACUCUAGUUUUGAAUACAUAUUUUUUUUUAUCAAUAUGUUCAUGAAAACUAUUCAUUUGUUUAAAAUUUGUGUACAUGACCUGCUUUUAAUGAGAGUUAUUCUGACGAGGGGCAAGUCUACCAUUUGAAACAGACAGUCAUGGGGGAACAGCUAGAUUUUUCAGUACCUUUGUGGUUUAGCAUGGGAUGGAAAGGGUGGAUAUCAGCCAUUUUGCAGAGGACAGUAAAAGGCCCAGAAUUGCUUUUGUUCCUUGACAAUUAUUUAGCGAGUGAGGAAGGAAGGUUCAGUCAGGCCAUAAGCCUAGCAUGUGAAGUAAGUGUUGUCUAUUUAUUGGAGUAAAGUACAUCAGCAUGAAGCAAGGAGAGCAGUAUCCCAUACCAAGAAAUUUCACCACAGCUGUCAGUGUCAAUGCCAUUUAUUUUAUCUCAUGUAAUCUUUUGUAAUAAUGUGGGUAGGGUCGUAUAGGGUACUGAUCACUGUUUCAACAUUAAGGUGGAAUUGUACUAAAUGGGGGCAUAAGUAUUAACAUAAUGGUAUAAUUAAAAAGAAAAGGAGGACAUAUAUUUUACAAAUAUGGCUGACUUCAGAGCCUCUAUAAUAAAUGUAAAAAUGGAGUUGAUAGUUUAAAAAUAUAUACAAGGGCAACUUUUAGAAACAUUCUGUUUUUUGGAGUUAGCUUAAUAGCAUUCAGUUUGCAAUUUAACCUUUUUUGGCUUGUGUUCCUAUAUAUUGAAUAAAGUCAUAGAAGGGCA